AUGGCAAACAAUGGUGUUCCCUUCCAAGUUCCAUUGCUCACUAAGAGCAACUAUGACAAUUGGAGUCUUAGGCUGAUGGCUAUCCUAGGAGCACAUGAUGUGUGGGAGAUAGUCGAGAAAGGCUUCAAUGAACCGGAGAAUGAUGGUGGUCUAUCUCAAACUCAAAAGGAUGGAUUAGAUGAAGAUACAUUUGAGAAGGUUGCUGGUGCAAGGACGUCCAAAGAAGCAUGGGAGAAGCUUCAGACAUCUUACAAGGGAGCGGAACAAGUUAAGAAGGAAGGAGAACUCAUCUCAGAUUACUUCUCAAGAGUCUUGACGGUUACUAAUAACCUAAAAAGAAAUGGUGAGAAGUUAGAUGAGGUGAGAAUCAUGGAGAAAGUUCUUAGAUCAAUGGAUUCGAAAUUCAAACACAUUGUUACCGUGAUUGAAGAGACAAAAGACUUGGAGACUAUGACAAUGGAGCAACUUCUUGGAUCACUACAAGCUUAUGAAGAAAAGAAGAAGAAGAAAGAAGAUAUUGUGGAGCAAGUUCUCAAGAUGAGAAUUGAUCACAAGGAAGAAAGUGGCCGAAGCAAUCCAAGACGUGGUGGCGGUCAUUUCCGAGGAUGA